AUGGACCAGGACCAGUUCCGCUCCGCCACGCAUUCGGCAGUGGAUGAGAUCAUCCAAUACUUCGCCGGCCUGCCGUCGCAGCAGGUCCUGCCCGACGUCGAGCCCGGCUAUCUCAAGGGCCGCCUGCCCGCCGCCGCGCCGCUGGAGGGAGAGCCAUGGAGCCAGAUACAGGCGGACCUGGAGACGCUGGUCAAGCCGGGCGUGACGCACUGGCAGUCGCCCAACUUCAUGGCCUUCUUCCCGGCGACGGUGACCUACCCGAGCAUCCUGGGGGAGAUGUACUCGGCCGCCUUCAACGCCCCGGCCUUCAACUGGCUGUGCUCGCCCGUCGUCACCGAGCUCGAGAUCGCCGUCAUGGACUGGAUAGCAAAGGCCCUGGGCCUGCCGGACUGCUUCCUCAGCACCUCCCCGACCCUCGGCGGCGGCGUGAUCCAGGGCAGCGCCAGCGAGGCCGUCAUCACCGUCAUGGUGGCUGCCCGGGAGCGGUAUGCGAGCGACAUGGCCAGGGCCGAGGGGCUGGACGAGGGCUCCGAGCAGUGGGAGGACCGGCUGAUCGAGAUCAAGUCACGGCUGGUCUCGCUGGGCAGCGACCAGGCGCACAGCUGCACGGCCAAGGGGGCCCGGAUCGUGAGCACUCGACACAGGACUGUCCCGACCCGGCUGAAGGACGACUUCGCCAUGACCGGGGAUGCGCUGCGGGAGGUGCUCGAAAAGUGCGAACGGGACGGGCUGAUGCCGUAUUACCUGACCACCACGCUGGGCACGACCAGCACCUGUGCAACGGACAGGUUCGCUGAGAUCAAGGCCGUCUUGAACGAGCGCGAGUCGUGGAAGAAGAUCUGGGUGCAUGUCGAUGCUGCCUACGCCGGCGCAGCGCUCAUCUGUGAUGAGUACCAGUAUAUCACCCGGGACUGGAGCGAGGGAGUCGACAGCUUCAACUUCAACAUGCACAAAUGGUUGCUUGUCAACUUUGAUGCAAGCUGUCUGUUCAUACGCAACCGGGUCGACUUGACCUCUGCCUUGGACAUCACUCCUCACUACCUUCGAAACCCGCAUUCUGAUGCCGGUGCAGUUACAGACUACAGAAACUGGCAGCUUCCCCUGGGACGACGCUUCCGGUCACUGAAGAUCUGGUUUGUCCUGCGCUCGUACGGCAUCAAGGCCAUGCAGGCGCAUAUCCGCAAAGGCAUAGACCUCGGCAUGACCUUCGCCGGCCUCGUCCGUAACCAAAGCGACUUGUUCGAGCUGGUGACUCCACCGGCCUUUGGGCUGACGGUCUUCCAUGUCAUCGAGGCUGCUGUCCGCCAGGUAGCUGGUGGUGACAGCAAUUCGGUCACCCGCGAGGUGUACGAACGUGUCAAUGCCGGCAAGGAGGUUUUCCUUACCUCUUCUGUUGUUGAGGGAUUGUAUGUCAUUCGAGUGGUGAGUGCUAACGAAUUGGCGGGAGAGAAGUAUGUGAGAAACGCAUUUGAUAUACUUGUCCGGGUGACCAGAGAGGUCCUUGAUAGCCCGUCAAGUGCCGAGAAGGUAAAGAAUUGA